AAUGGAACUUUGUACAGUCAGAAAAGGAUUUUAAAGCUUUUAUUACAUUUUAAGAGAACUUUAUACGUUUUAUUUAGAUUUUACACUGAAUUUUUAUCAGUAUUCCAGUGAUAACAUUAAUGUAUUUUGUGGACUUAAUUGUAUCACUAAAUUUCGGUUAUUGUUAAACCAAGUAUAAAAAAUCAGACUAUUAAUGAACUUCCGCUAAAUUAGAGAGGAAGAUAAUUAGAAUCACACAGAUACACAUCAAUCAGGACGGACGGGUUACACGUACACCCACGGUAGAUUCAUAUAACCAUACUACAAGUCGAAAUUGGCAUCUCGGAAUUCAACAAAUUUUGGUCGAGACGGAUUGGUUACACGUAUACCCAAGGAUAUUCAUCUAACCACCUCACAUCAGACGGUCAGACUUCACCAGCAACAGACGGUCAGACUUCACCAGCAACAUGGAGAACAUUUCUUAAUAUAAUAAUAAAUUGACAGUUAUCUUUGUGCGUCAGUGGUCAGAACUUUUUACAGAAUAUGUGAUGGUACAGUUACAGUACAGUGGUUACAGUAAUACAUUCAUGAGUGUGUCACCGUGUUUCGGUCACCGUUUGAUUAGGAAAAUGUUGAUUAGAUAAAUACCAGACUGUUUAGUGUCAAAGGCGAUAUAAGGAUGUGAUACAAAAUGUGAUACAAUUGAUAAAUAAUAAAAAAGACAUUUCGAACCACGCAAACAACAUUGGUUAUUCUUUAUUAAGUAGUUAGAACUCAAACUACCAUAUAUAAAAUAAGCCAUAGUUACAAAAACACAACAAAUAUGGGGUUGACCAUAAUGCAAUGAAACCAUGGUCACGUGACUAAGACAUGAUGAAAACGCUAAUACUGUGAAGUAGACUUCAGGAAAUAUCUACUUUCACUUUCAUUUUACUAAACAGCUUCGAAUAAAUUUUUGAGCAUAUAUCGUAGCUUAAAAUCAUCCUCAGACAUUAUUCUUUACAAAGCAGCAUCAAUAAAGCUUGUAUCUAACAUGAAAAUGGCCUUUACUAGGCGGGAAAAGUGCACUAUAUAUUGAUGUGGACUACAUUCGACCACGGAGGCAAAUUACUACCUUCAUGCUAUAACACGAGUUUGAUCGUGAUUAGAUAAGAUAAAAUAAUAUCAUGUGCCGCAUACAAAAUGAAAUAUCUAAGUCAUCAGUAACGUUUUAUUGACAGUAAAAAAUUAUGGCUUCUGAAUAUACAAGAAGGAGCAAUUGUGAUCUGAUAACAGUAUGGUUAUUAGGAGAUGAACAUAAUAUGGAGAUGUUAAUGCGUACACUUGUGCCACAUUUUAAACCUGACCCUUAUUUCCGAAACAGGCUUCAAUCCCUCUUGCUGCUGCUAUUCACAACUUCCAUGUGGGCUUUAGGAUGCAUUUCACGAUAUCGAUAUAUUGUUGGUUCUGAGUACCCCCCUAUUACUGAAACAUGUCUGCAUUUAGAUGUGAAAAGGAUUAACCUGCUUAUAAGGAUACCAAUGUCGACAAGGCAGAGGUUAAUACUAGAUCCAGUUUAUGCUGAAAAUUAUAGUCAUGGUGAGGGAGUACUGAUCGUAUGUGAUGCAACAAACAUCAACUUGUCUAGCAAAGUUCAAGACUUCAUAUCAACUGUUGAAUGCGAUGCAGUUUCCGAAGUCAAUAUAAUUAUAGUUGGAAGUAUUUGUUAUUUGAAAAGUAAAAGGAAUGUAAGCAGUAGCGAAGGAAAGACGAUCGCUGAACGUUAUGGGGCAAUGUACUUAGAAGUCAUUGCAACAGAUUAUUCCUGUGUUCGUAGCAUGUUUGAUCAAGCAGUCAGACAAAUGCUACACAGAAAACAGAAAUCUGAGGUAUUUUAUAGAGGUACUGAAAACGAUCUUAUCAGCUCAAAUAGCAGUAGAAAGAAAGAAAGUACCACGGAGCCAGGCUUCAUAAGACGACUGCUAAAUCCGAUAAUUGACACUUUUCAAGAAAUAUCGGAAAAGUUCUCAGUUCCAGGUGAAAUGAAAUUAGAUCCAUAUAUAUUAGAUUUGUAUGAGAAAGCGCUGAAAGAUGGUAUAGAGCAAGACAGGUCUGUAAGAGUAAAUAUCGUUGGAAACUACAAGCAAGGAAAAACUUCUUUAACUAAGAGACUGCUUGGACAGAACGUGAGAGGUGUUAAAAGUACCAAUGGUAUAGAAAUCGAACAUUACACAUGUUAUAAAAAAGAUGGUGGACAAUUUACAUACCGAAAAACAGAGGGUGAAAAAUCUGAUAUUGUCAAACGUUUGGUUUCAGCUGCAUUGAACAAAGAGUUAAAAGGGGAAAAACAUGUUGAAGUCCAGCAACCUUUACAAGCCGUAGCACUUCAAGAAAAUUCAAUAUCAGAUAAGCAAAAACGCAAACAACAACCGACCCGCUCAAUAAAAACCACGUAUAAGCCUUUAGGACAAAGUGUAUAUGAUACAGAUCAAAAUCGGAAACAAGAUUGCACUGGCAAAUUAUCUGAUUUUGGGAAUGCCUCCGAAAGCAAUUAUCGGGCAGAUGAUGGCAAUGAAAAAGCCAAAAGAGUCCUAACGAACAAAGAAAUUGAUUCGUUCUCAAAAGCUUUAAGUAAGAAAACGUCUAAAUCGCCUGUGAACAUGCCAGCAACAUUUGACAUAUGGGAUUUUGGUGGACAGUAUAUUUUCUACGCUACUCAUACGAUUUUUCAUAGCAGAAGGGCAAUUUAUCUUUUAGUAUUUGACCUCUCCUUGGAUCUCAAAACAGUUGUUUUUGAUGACGAAUUCCCUGCAGAGUCGAAUAACAGAAACAUGGAAUUCUUCCUACAAUUUUGGAUGCAGUCUAUCCAUUCAUUUGUAGGGUCAGCAGACGGUACGCAACCAAAAGUAAUUCUAGUAGGUACACACAAAGAUCAGGUCAGGGGAAACGCAGAUGAGAAACGACGGUUUAUAAAGAAUUACUUCGAUGAUGUUAGACAACUGUUUGAUGGUACAAAAAUGCUCAUGCAUUUGCAUCCCGACGACUUUCCGGUCGAUAAUACUGACCCUCAAGAUGCAUCUGUUGCAGCUUUAAAAGAAACCAUUGGUAAAAUUGGAAAUGAGGAAACAAAUAUUCUUGAAAUACCUGCAAAAUGGAUUCAGCUUGAAAAGUCUCUCAAAGAGAAAAAACACCUCAAAAUACUUUCUUUAGAUCAUGUAAUGGCUAUUGAUAGUGAAAACGAAUUUCCGUUACGUAGUUUGGAACAGGCGAAGUUGUUCCUGCGAUACCAUCACAGUAAAGGCACAUUUGUUUACUUUGAUGAAGAACCAAUAUCACAAUAUGUUGUUCUCGAUCCGCAAUAUCUUAUCGAUGCAUUCAAGACGCUUAUUACUAGUGAGCGUUUCUGUUUGACUGAUCCGGAAAUAAGACCAAUUUGGAAGAAGUUACUUACAGAGGCAAGGUUGGAGAAAAAGCUCAUUGAAUGGCAAUGGAGUCAGUUUGAAAAUAAAGCAAACCUUUUUCACCAAUAUAGAGAUAUACUUCUUGCCUUUCUGACAAAGCAUCACAUUAUAUCAGAAGCAAAACAAUUUGAUGAAACAACUGGAACCUCAUCGGCACUAGGCUGGUAUAUUGUUCCAAGCUUGCUGAGAGAUCAUUCAAAGAAAGCAGACAUACAAGAGUUUCUCCAGGGAAAGAAGCAAUCACGUAUUCGGCUUGUGAUGUUUUUUGAACUUUCACAAAUUGUCCCGACAAUAUACCAUCGUUAUAUUGCUGCGGUAAUAGCUAAAUGGCCAAUUGUGCAUACAGGCAGACAAUCUCUCAUUUUUGCAGACAUAUGCGUUGUUAGACUUAACGCAAAUCAUGCAGGAGUAGCGGAAAUGAAGUACAGUGGCAUCGAGUUGACGGUUGUCAGUCUAAUUCCAUCGUUAGAUGUUGACGGUAAGCAAGCUGAUAUUUUCAAGCGAUUUUCUGAAGCAGUAAUCAUCCAUGAAUUUCGAAAACUUCAAGAUGAUACAGAACACAUUCAACCAUAUAUACUUCAGUUCAGAUGCAACCAUGAGAGCCAUGGCCAGAAUGGUAGCAUCAAUACAGAAUCAGUUGCCCAGCUAGAUGGCAAUAAGCUUAUUGCCUGCCCAGAUGUGUCGACUCAUGACUUGUACGCAGAGGAAGCAAAAUUGGAAUGGUUUCAAGAUUGCAAAAAUCUAAUAUUUGUUCCAAACACACAGUUGAAUGACAAACUAUUAAGCAAAUUAUCACACUGCAUAGGCGAGAACUGGCAGUUACUUGGCUACGAGCUUGGCCUUACACGAGUACAGAUAGAACACAUUGUUGAAGAUCAUCCGAAUAGCACGUUGAUGAAAAUUUAUUACAUGUUGAAAGAAUGGAGCCACCAAAUACCAAACAUGGCUACAUUGGAUGUUUUAGUUCAAGUUAUGCAAAGCUGUCCGACUCUGAGUAUUCAGUGGGAUGGGAUUAGAAACAUUGUUGAUGGAAUAGUAUAAGAUCCGUUCAGACGAAGAACAUAGACAUGUUGUAGAUGGCUUUUAUAUCUGUCAGUGUAUGCAGAUUGACAUUCAAAACAGUACUGCUGGUGGUCAUGUUGUAUCAGUCAGCAUAAGAAGAUAGAGUAAAGUUAAGUAGUAGCUGCAGAUACAGUGGUUUUGUCAUGCUACUUACUACAGAAGAGACUUAAUACUGGAGUAACAUUCCUAACACUAGAGCUGUGUAACACAGAAUGGAGCAUAUCUUUACUUGUAAUGUUUGUGACUACACAAGUAACAAGAUUGAUGAGCUUCAGAUGCAUAUGAGAAUGCAUACUGGAGAGAACUGCUUCAAAUAUGAUAUGUGUGAUCCUGCAUGUAUUGAAAGCAAUACUGAGCAGAGAAUUAUUAAAAUUGAGAAGAGAGAGAAACGCUUUAAAUGUGGCAUAUGUGAGUUUGAAUGUUAUCACAAGUGUCAUUUGAAGGUACAUAUGAGAAUUCAUACAGGGAAGAUAUGUUUUAAAUGUGAAUUUUGUAACUAUGCAUCCAAUCAAAUGGGUAAUUUGAAAAGACAUACGAGAAUGCAUACAAGAGCAAAACUCUUAAAAUGCGAUGUUUGUGAUUAUACAUGUACUGACAGUAGUCGUCUAAAAGAACAUAUGACAGUUCAUAUGGCAGAAAAACUCUUCAGAUGCGAUGUUUGUGAUUAUUUAUGUACUGAAAGUAGUGAUCUUAGCACACACAUGAGAAUACAUACUAAGGAGAAAUGUUUUAAGUGUGUUGUGUGCGGGUAUGAAAGUAAUCACAGAGGACAUUUGAAGAGACAUAUGAAAAUUCAUUCCGGGGAGAAAUACUUUACAUGCAGUUUUUGUAAGUUUGCUUGCAACCAAAUCAGUAAUCUGAAAAGACAUAUGACGAUACAUACAGGAGAGAAACUCCUUAAAUGUGAUGUUUGUGAUUAUACAAGUACAGAAAGCAACCGUAUGAAGGAACAUAAGGCAAUUCAUGAAGGAGAAAAACGCUUUAAAUGUGAUGUUUGUGAUUAUGCUUGUCAUCGAAAUUCUGAUCUGAAAAUACAUAUGAGAAUACAUACAGGAGAGAAACUCUUUAAAUGUGAUGUUUGUAAUUAUACUUGCAUUCAAAGAGGUCAUCUCAAGAGACAUAUGAGAAUACAUACAGGAGAGAAAUGUUAUAAAUGUAAUGCUUGUUAUUAUGCAUGUAAUUCAAGAAGUGCCCUUGUGAUGCAUUUGAGAACCCAUACGGGAGAGAAAUGCUAUCAAUGUAGUGUUUGUGAUUUUGCAUGUAAUUCAAUCAGUUCUCUUAAGAUACAUAUGAGUAUCCAUACAGGAGAGAAAUACUUAAACUGUGAUAUGUGUGAUUAUGUAUGUCGUCAAAGCAAUAAUCUGAAAAGACAUAAAAUAAGAAUUCAUGCAGAAAAGAAAUGCUUUAAAUGUAAUGUUUGUGAUUAUACAUGCAAUUUAAGCAGUGAUCUGAAAACACAUAAUGAGGAUUCAUAAAGGAGAAAAAUGCUUUAAAUUUGAUACGUGUGAUUAUGCAUGUUGUCAAAGCAAAAGUCUGAAGAGACAUAUGAUGAGAAUUCAUACAGGAGAGAAAUGCUUUAAGUUUAAAUGUGAUGUUUGUGAUUAUGCCUGCAAUUUAGACAGUGAUCUGAAUACACAUAUGAGAAUUCAUACAGGAGAAAAUAUUUUUGAUAAGCAUAUAAUGCAAGCUGUCUGUAGAAGUAUAUAAAAAUACAUAAAAUACAAGAGAGAAACCCUUUAUUUUGCAAAGUUGUUUCCUUCUUGAAAUAAUUAACUUAAAGGUCUUUACCCAAUUUUCUCCUCUUUUCACAGAUAGGUUCAUAGACUUUAGCUUGAUAAAGGAAGGCAAUCAACAGAAGUUGAUGGAAAAGUAUAUCAGUGUUCCUAUUGGCAGUUAAAGUUGGGGGGUGAAAACUGAGUUUUCUUGCACUUUGGCACCCCCCUGCUAAGAGAUAUACAACAGCUGUCUCCAAAUUGGGGGUGCAAAGUACCUGGGGGUGAAAAACCUCCAUUUGGGGGUUUCUGGGAACACUGGAUAUAUUCUAAAAUGCAGAAAUCCUCUCUUUUUUUGAAAGAUAACCUUUGUUCAUAUGAAAUAAUUUGUAAAGAAAGUGUUAAAGUUUAUUUUGAUUGAGUGUAUCAAAUAAUGUAUGAUCAGC